CAUCGGUCCAUCACAGUUCUCUCCGUCUCCCAAAUCAACCAACAGUACUAGGAGACUAGAAAAAUCGCGCUCAAGACGGAACAGGGAGCAGGGGGAGUUACCUCCGUGCACAAACAAUGCUACCUCUGCAGCUAAGCAAGAAAACCAAGAUCAUUCUCUCUCGUGCUCUCUUCCUUGCCACUUCCACUUCCUCCGUCUCAUGCCGAACCCUUGCCACUCUCCCAUCGUCUCCGUUAUCGUCAGCCUCCUGUCACGCCGAUAACAAUCGCCGCACCUACACGUGGCUGUCCCCCCCCUCCACCACUAAUAUCCUCCUUCGCACUCCUUGGUCCGCCAGUCAACACCGCGGGAUCAAAAUCUCCGGCUCCGAUGUCAAAGUUGGCAAUGUGAUAGAAAAAAAAGGACGCAUGUACCAGGUCCUUAAGACAGAUCAUUCCCAUGAAGGAAGAGGCAAAGCUACAAUAAAGGUUGAGCUCCGUGACAUUGAAAGUGGAAACAAAGUAUCCCAACGACUGGCUACUUAUGAGAGUGUUGAAAGGGUUUAUGUUCAACAGAAAACUUACAUGUAUAUGUGCACAGAUCGUAGUGGCAUUGUAGUGCUGAUGGACGUUGAAACAUUUGAUCAGCUGGAGGUGUCCCAGGAGUUGUUUGGCAAAGAUGCCAAGUACUUAAAAGGUGAUAUGAGAGUUACAGUAAGGCUUUAUGAUGGUAUACCUUUUUCUGCAACAGUUCCAAAACAUGUGACAUGUACUGUAAAGGAAGCACAACCUCCUUUGAUGGGCAUUACAGCCACACCUAGGGGUAAAAAAGUUGUAUUGGACAAUGGGCUGAUUGUUGAGGUACCAGUAUUCGUCAUGGCCGGUGAUGCUGUAGUUAUUGAUACUGAGACUGACUCUUACCUUGAAAGGGCAAAGGCAUAACAGUUUUUCUACAUACAACUGGCGGUGGGGAACGGCCGGUAAUUGACUGUGGCAUAUUAAAAAAAAAAACCAAAAAUAGAGUUUUGAUUUCUGUCGUCGUUUUAGUGGGAGGGGAGCUAUUUCGGACAAACAUUCGAAUAACUGGACAUAUAUGCUUGCCAAUUUAAUUCAUGAGAAUUUUACAAAUGGUUGAAUUGUAGGAUCACUACUGGAAGACUUUAGAGGCCAUCGAAAUUUGAAUGGACUUUCAGCAUCA